AUGUCUCAUCUCAACUUGGUCGCAUUCCUCGAGCCUCUCCCAGGCAAAGCCGACAGAGUCGUUGAGAUCCUCUCUGAAAUCGCAACAAGCACUGAAUCCGAUGAACCUACAUGUCUCCGUUAUGAGAUCACACGUCAUACCGAUGAUGAGACCAAGACUGAGCAGAUCAUCAUGAUUGAAGCUUACAAAGAUAAGGCUGCUUUGGAUGCUCACAUGAAAUCCGAGCAUUUCCUGAAAGGCGCUGGGAAAUUGCAGGGGGAGAAUUUGAUGGCGAAGCAGAUGGAUUUGAAGAUUUCGACUCCGGCUGGAGGAUUUGCUUCGAGAUUGUAG